GCGAUAUUCGCACAGAAUCAAGUGAACAUUUAGAUCUGCGUGAACCGCAGUCGUAACUCGGCGCGCUUGUGACGCGCUCGUGACAGUGUUUCAUAAUAAAGCACAAUGAAUGAAAAAUCCAGCGUCGGCAACAUCAGUGGGAGUGCGGUAUCCAUCAACCAUGACGUUAGUAACAUAUCCGAUGGAUAUAGCGCGUUCCAAUCUCGUGAGCAGAUAAUAAAUUUGGAAAGCAAGAACAAGUUGAACAUCGACAGUGGGGACGAUGGUCACCAUCACGUCAGCCAUCCUACCUCGUAUACAGAUACAUUGCUUCACUUAUUCCGAGGGAACAUUGGAUCGGGGCUGCUCGCGAUGGGGGACGCUUUCAAAAACGGAGGGAUCAUAUUUGCUCCGAUUAUGACGGCUGUGCUUGGAGUCAUCUGCGUACACGCCCAACAUCUGUUGCUAGACUGUUCCGAAGACAUCUACAGGAAGAUGAAGCGAGAGAAACCUCCAGGCUUCGCGGACACAGUGGCGCUGGUGUUUGAAUACGGACCCGUGAAGUUUCGACCUUUGGCUCCUAUAAUGAAAAUUCUCGUCAACACUUUCCUUUGCAUCACUCAACUUGGAUUCUGCUGUGUUUACAUUGUGUUUAUUGCAAAUAAUGUUAAAACGAUAUGUGAUGAGUACGGCAUCCACAUUGAACUAUCUAUCCAUAUGAUUUUUGUGGUCAUCCCGGUUCUUCUUCUCUGUAUGGUUCGAAACUUGAAGUAUCUGACUCCAUUUUCAACUGUCGCCAACGUUUUGAUGGCAAUCGGGGUUGGUGCGGUAUUGUAUGAGGCUAUGCAAGACCUACCACCCGUGGAGUCGAGAGUAUACUUGGCGUCUUGGCAGCAACUGCCUUUGUAUUUUGGUACCGCGGUUUAUGCUUUUGAGGGUAUAGGAUUGGUAUUGCCUUUGAAGAACGAAAUGAAAAAUCGUGAACAGUUCCAGAAGCCCCUAGGAGUCUUGAACGUAGGGAUGGUGGUCGUGGCCAGUAUCUUUGUCCUUGUUGGUUUUCUCGGCUAUCUCAAGUGGGGUGACGAUGUCGCUGGAAGUCUAACCCUCAACUUGCGGCCGGGACACGUUCUCAGCACCACAGUCCAAGUCCUGAUCACCGUGGCGAUGUUACUGACGUAUCCGUUGCAGUUCUACGUUCCCAUAGCGAUCACUUGGCCUCUUCUACGCAAGAAAUUUGGUCGGAGGUUGUCAGUAGCUAAGGAGCUGGGAUAUCGAGCGCUGAUGGUUAUGCUUACUUUUAUCUUGGCGGAAUCAAUACCACAACUCGGACUCUUUAUUUCACUGGUGGGCGCGAUUAGCAGCACAGCCUUGGCGCUCAUGUUCCCCCCUAUCAUCCAGCUCGUGGCAACUUACCAGAAUAACAAUAACAUACCUCUUUACAUGACCUUGAAGAAUGGUUUUAUUAUCAUGCUCGGCAUUUUCAUUUUCGUCACGGGAACAUAUCAAAGUGUCGCGUCCAUUGUACGCGCUUUCUAAUCAUUUUCAUGUUUGAUGUAGGUAUUUGCUUUUGAAAUAGACAAAAAAAAGCUAUUUAUCUCUUGAAAUGUUUAAUAUAAUUAAUUUAUUUUACGUGACAAACACAAUGAAAUGGGUAGUAUAAAAUCCUUAGUCUACAUUUGUGAAGCGAACGAUUGUUAUUCGAAUAUAUAGGUCUUAAUUGUAACGGGUUUUAGAGGAAUAAAUGAAACGAACGGUAGGGUGAACAGUCGGCUUAGGUAAAUACAUUCAGUUCUACACUCGAAGCUUUUUACACGGGACAUUUUAAAGACUACGUGUACUUCUUUACAUUUUGAUAGCUCUCGAUGGGGGCUAGGAGCUGGAAAACUAAAUUCCAAUUCGAUUUGCUCAUUUGGCAGACAUUAGGAAUUAAUAGUGACAAUAGUAAUUAAAUAUCCGUAAGAAACAUUAAGGACAGCGUCUGCCACCAUUGUAGCGCAGCAUUGUCAACAACUUCAAAUUUGUAAAAAAAUGGCAAUUUAUCAAUAUUUAAAAAAAAUAAUUAUUAAAUAGAUUAUUUCAAGUCUGAUAUCUGAGUCUGUGUACCAUAUCUUUGACUUAUAUAUUACUUGUAUUAAUGUAGGGAGUGGUAUUUAAAUUUAUCCCAUAUUUUUAACAUACCCAACUCAUAUAUUUACAUAUAUAUCUGCAAAACUUUGGUGCGUACCCACAGCCCCAGUAGUGGACACCCUAGCUCUCAAAGUUGCAUGCUCGUUGUUAGCUCUUCAUAUAGUAUUUUGUGCGAACACGUAGCGGAGCGCAGUGUGUUCUUCAUAGUGCUACGAGCAUUAGUGCUUUCCAUCCCACCGACCACGCCCUAAUCAGAGCUGUGUUCUCAUUAGAAAAACAAUCAGGAUGAACGUCAUUCCUCGCCCAAGAUAACGCAAAUUAUAAAGCGAAGCCUAUUACUCGCUCCCUCGCCUGGUCGCACUGUACGGGUCAGUAGGCCUAAUAGAAAUUACACAAUAAAAAUAUCUCUUUUCGUACCACAACAGCACACUGCGUACGGUACCUUUGAUGCAUCAACAUUGUUAAUACGCUACAACACAAUUUAAAGCUUAACAUCAUAUAGAUACUAUUUUAAGAGACAUUUUCGAAAAGCGCUAUAAUCUUUUAUUUAUAUAAUAAGAGAUUGUUGCGUCCGGAAUCAGGGUUAUAAAAUUCUUAAUAAAAUUUCACCUACAUUAUAGAAUAACGGAUACACUUUUCAUUAUUUUUUAUAACUUAAAUAUAUUUCGAUUGUAUUACCUUAAAGAACUUGAAAUAUGCCUUCUGACUAUUAAAAAAUAUACUUAUUUAUAUUUAAGAAAUAUAUAUAUUCACCUAUUUAAUUACAUGAAGUUAUAAUAACUCAGCAUAAUUACAAUUUAAUUGUAUAUAAUGAAAUUAUGUAACAGUUAUUGUUUUAAUAUAUAAGGCAUAGUAAAAUUGGUAUGAAUAUUACAUUAGAUUUAAUAUUUAUUCAUAUUAAUUAUAGACAAUAAGAUAUUUAAAUUAUAUGUGUGACGAUAUUAAAAGUCUAGAUUAGGCUUUAGCUAGAUCGACCAUCGUAUACGCAGCGAACUGAAACGAAACGGCAGCAUAUUUAUAAGACGAAAUUAAUCAAAUUAUUAAAAACUUAUUAAUAUUUAAUUGAAUUCAUUAGACUUUAUGUUAAUCAUGUUAAAAUGAGUAAACAACAACUUAUUUUUAAUAACAAAAUAUAAAUAAAAUUUACGAAUUUAUUGAUUUUUAUUGUAUUUAAAUUAUUUUAUUUUUGUGUUUGUAGUAGUACUUACUAAGACAGUAAUUUGUUUAUGAUAAAGACCAUUGAAUUUAAUAUUACCAAAAAAAACCGAAUUUAUACAAUGAAUGAUUAUUAAUAUAACAUACAUAUAUAUGUAUAUGCUAUGGUUGACGCCGCGUUGGUUGACGUGUGGGUAGGUAUAAUUUUUACAGUACAUAUUCUUAUUAUAUUGAUAAUAUAUUCAAAUAUUUGUGUCAAUAUCGGGCGAUGGUGAACACUAACCGCCGACUUCCUAAAAAUACAUACGAAAUAAUCUCAAGAAUACAAUAAUAGCUUAGUAAAAUUAGUGUUAUAUAAUUCAUUAGUUUAAGAAAUACAAAUAAAGCGAAUUAAAUGAUUUAUUAAAGUAUACCAAUAUUGUUACCGUUAAAAUCUGUGUAGUAGGAUAAAAUUAUUAUAUACUUAGGAUUAAGCAAGUUACUAUCCAAAUUACAUAAACAUCAAUACGCCGGUCACAGACUUCGUAAUGAAAAAUCUUACUGUAACUCAUAUGUCGUUUAAAAAACGUAAAGUUUCUUUUAAUUUGGAAAUAAAUCGCUAACGAUUUGCUAAUUUUAAAUGCUGUAUAUACGAUUGUAAUUGUAUUAAAAUCGCUACGUGCUGAACCUUGCUUAGAUGUUAUAUUUGUGCCAGUUUCUUGCUUAUAAACUGUGAUAAAUAUGUAUUACGUUAUUUUGAGAAAAUAAAGAUUAAAAACAUGA